AUGAGACCGGUUCCUUAUUCUGUAAAAAGUAGGCUUUGCGUCGUGGAUUCUUGGCAAGGACACGCGACUGGUGAGCGGACGAUGCGCGCGAUGCUCAGCGCUUUAAUUGUCAAAAUUGCGCCCGCACCGCUUUUGAUGUCGCCGACAAGUCCCCGCUGUGAGACUUGUGGAUUCCAAAACACACGAGCAAUUAUUGAACACUCAUAUUUGCUAAUGAAGUGCAGAUGUGCCUCUGUGAGUCUGUACUGCUUUGUUAUUAAUAUUGGGAGCGAUAAAAGAAAGAGUGCAUUAUCUUAUUUCGACUUUUUGACUUAUUCGCAAACGAAUGAUUUAUGA